AUGGCCGUCGCAAAGCCCGUGCGAUUCCUAGGGGCACUGUCCGUGGUGUUGGUCUUCUUCGUCAUUUAUCAGUACUUGCGCCCGGUCCCAACGAUCAACCCCCCCGGCACCGUGGUCGGCAAUGGCGACAAGAUCGAGACCUGGGAACAAGAUCCUCUGCUAGAGCCGAUUGGCGAGCCGCCCGAACCGUUAUGGCGACACACUGACCACGACUAUGCCCCCGAGAGCCCCAACUCGGCGCGCAUUAAUGCCACCCUCCUAUCUCUCGUCCGCAAUGAAGAACUUGCCGAACUCCUUCCGACCAUGAGACAGCUCGAAGAGACGUGGAACUCCAAAUUCAACUAUCCCUGGACAUUCUUCAACGAUGUCCCAUUCACUGAGGAAUUCAAACAGGCCACACAGGCUGUCACAAAGGCCAAAUGUGCCUACCAUGUCAUUCCGAAAGAGCAUUGGGAAAUGCCGUCCUGGGUGAGCCAGGAACUUUAUGAAGAGUCGGCGAAGAUCUUGAAAGAGAACGAUGUUCAGUACGCCGGGAUGAUAUCAUAUCACAAGAUGUGUCGAUGGAACAGCGGCAUGUUCUACCGCCAUCCGGCCCUCGAGCAUACCCAAUACUAUUGGCGCGUGGAGCCCAAGGUCAAAUUCUUCUGCCAGGUCGACUACGACGUGUUCCGGUACAUGCAGGACCACAACAAGACCUAUGGCUUCAACAUCAAUCUGUUUGACUCGCCAGAAUCUAUCCCAUCCUUGUGGCCAGAGACUAUCAAGUUUCUGGCUGCCCACCCCGAAUAUCUCCACAAGAACAACGCCAUGGCAUGGCUGGUGGACAAUACCCGCAGACCGGAAAACAACAUCAAGGCCCAUGGGUACAGCACCUGUCACUUCUGGUCCAAUUUUGAGAUCGCCGACCUGUCAUUCUGGAGGAGUCAGGUCUAUGAGGACUAUUUCACCCACCUGGACCGGACGGGUGGCUUCUUUUAUGAGAGAUGGGGUGAUGCCCCUGUCCACAGCAUUGCAUUGGGGCUUUUUGAGGAUGCCAGCAAAAUUCACUGGUUCAAGGAUAUCGGAUACAACCAUAUCCCAUUCUACAACUGCCCCAACUCACCCAAAUGUAGUGGGUGUACGCCCGGACAGUUUUAUGGCGGCGAACCGUGGUUGCAACGUGAAGAUUGUCGACCGUUAUGGUUCAAAUAUGUUGGAAUGGGAUGA